AUGGUCUGUGAACCGGCCGCUGCACCGAAUACAAACUGGUUGCAGACCAUCCGCGACCCCGACAAUGCGAAUCUAGACAUUGUUGCAGUUCAUGGCAUGAACGUGAGCGGUGCCAACGGCCACUCCGAGAACACUUGGACGGAGAGAGAGUCGGGAACACACUGGUUAAAAGAUCUCCUGCCUGAAGUUCUCCCGACGUCUGCUGCUGGCAUAAAGGAGCAGGCUCUCAACCUGUUACAUUGCCUUCACUCGAAGAGGAAUGGAGCGCUGGAAACCCGACCCAUCAUUUUUAUUGCCCACAGCAUGGGUGGAAUCCUUGUUAAAGAGGCCUUGGCAAUUUCUUUCCACGAUAGCCAGCUCUACUCAAUGCUUUGGAUUUUCACGUACAGCAUAGUCUUUUUCGGUGUUCCUCACAGGGGAUCCAGGCACGCUGCGUGGGGAAAGAUGGCUGCACGAAUGGUGCAACUAUUUACCGGGCGACCUAACGAGAACUUCCUCAGCAGCGUGGAAGAAGGCUCUAGCUACAAUGCCGAUCUCAGUGAAAGAUUCGGCGCUUUGAUUGACGCAUUCAAGUAUUUUAGCAUAUGUGAGACAUUACCAGAUCACAGUCACAUCGAGAUUGGUCUUAUUGUCGAAAUGGACAGCGCAACUCUGGAUCUUCCCGACUCGCAAGAGGUCAAGCUAUAUCCUAAUCGCACUCACAAGAUACCUCCAAGUCCAUAUUCUCUUCAGCAAUCCGUCCUUCAAGGACAACUCGUUCUUGCUACUAGUGAAAGGCUGUUUGGCGAGCUACGUAUUGAAGAUGAUACGCUCAGAAAUGGAUUUGAGGGGAUUAUUGCUUGGGCUUUUUCCUUUCUCGAAAUGUUGUUCACCUAUGGGAUUACCCUUUAUCUUUCCUCUCGUCUCUUCCUUCCGCGCGCAAGUACUAUUAUGGAAAAUGCAGACCGUGCACGGCAGACUCAAGAACGCAUUAUUGAGUUCGGACAGCAAGCCAUUGAGAAGCUUGACUCCAAUAGGCGCGGUGUACUAGAAUCUAUCAUCAGGCUUCAGUCACCCUUGACGCAGGGAGAGCUGCCGCCAAAUGGGCUGCUACUUGAACUUUCCCAGCAAGUCAAGCAAACUAUCAGUGAAAUGGAGAGGCUAUCCCGCGCGAUGCCAGAAGAAAUAAGGAGACUAAGAAGAAUUGAAGAUGGCCAGAGAGAGGCGCAAGGCAUGGACGAUCGACAGCUCUUGGAGAUGGUUGGCAGUAGUUGGAAAAUCGGCCAGCUUUUUAAUGCUAAGAUGGUGUUAUAUCACUAG